CCCAGAUAUCCUAUUUUUAACUAAAGGGGAAGACAAGUGGGUUACUUACUAGUCAUCAGCUCUAGUUUAGGUCCUCCCCUUGCCUAUCGUGUUCCUCUUCUGUCUUCUUUGCUCUGUUUGCCUUUAAAAAAGGAGCUCCUUGUCACGCUCUAUGACUACCCGAUACUCAUUAAUGAUGGGAAAAUAUGUUUGCUUUCCUGAUUGUGUUUAUGGAUGUUGAAUUUCAGGAGAUUUCAUUGCGAAUUUGCAAUAUUUUAGGAUGAUAUGAUCUGAAUUGUGGUUUUUGUGAAAUCUCAACUCAAAAGUCAGCGUGACGAUAGGCUUCUACUGUCUCCCUAGCCGCUGAAAACACUAAGCAGGAAAGGUAAGGGCCGCACAAACAAUGUCGUUGCGCGGGGAUGCGAUUUGCCAAGAUGCGGCAAAGAUAGCCGGCCAGCCCCAGCGGAUUAGGAAUGCGAAGGCAUUCCUUGGAAGAAAAGCUAUGCUCUUGACCAAGCCUUUUCCUUGCGACAACAAUGGCGGCGAAACUUUUGGACACAUUAGUUGGUGGCGGUGUAAACCAUCUGGUGGUGUCGGUGCAUCAUCUCCUGGCGGCGCAGCAUCUGGUGGCGGUGGGGGUGGUGGUGUACUAUCAUAUAAAUUAUAAUAUGGUAAAGUUGUGUUUGAUGAGUAGUGGCCACUGCCAGCCCACCUGUGAAAUUAAUAGACAAAUUUAACCCUGGGCUUUUUCUUCCCGUCUAAAAAAUAAACGCAAGGAGGGUGGCAGAAUCAGAAACGGACAGUCGUAUCCAUCCAAUCAUGUGCACCACUACAACACUUGCGCUUUGCUUCGCGAACCUGCGAAUUCCAAUCAUUUCAGAUCUACAGUUGUGUUUUUUGUUUUUAUUUUUUUAAUCCUUAUGUUCCUUCAAUCCAGUCAUCUUCACUUGAUCACUUCUUUAUUUUUCCAUUGUCAACUGAUCAACAGACCCUAACUUCGUUCAUCGCCGCCUUUUGACGAAUUUGUAGUAUCUUAAAUUCCUAUUACCUAAAUGAAAGAGGGCAAAUCAGUCAAAUUCAAUCUUCAACAGCAGCAGAAUGGUCACUUGUCUCCCUUCAAAUUCGCCAAGUUGUUGGAUCCAGAUGCGUCUUGGGACAAGGAUCAAUUGGGGGAUGUGUUACAUUGGAUUCGGCAAGUGGUGGCCAUUGUUUGUGGCUUGCUAUGGGGUGCUAUUCCGUUGGUUGGAGGCAUAUGGAUUGUCGUUUUUUUGGUGAUAUCGUCUGGGAUUAUAUAUGUCUAUUAUGCAAUGAUACUAAAGGUUGAUGAAGAAGAAUUUGGUGGUCAUGGAGCUCUACUCCAAGAGGGCCUUUUUGCCUCUAUAACCCUUUUUCUGUUGGCAUGGAUUCUGGUAUAUAGCUUGGCACACUUCUGAUUGGCUCGGGACAAUUAAUUUGGUAGCCCUCCUUAUCUCGAAGUGAUAUUCGAACAAUCUUGCUAAGUUAAAUGAGGCAACAUUGCCAUCGCCCUUGGGAAACAAUUAAAACUUUUACUUUAACUGUGCAACAUUUUGAUUUGCGGAGUAUGAACGCGUUAUUGUUUAAUCCAGAGGAAAUCUUUCAUGAACUUCCUGUGCUAUGUAGCCAUUUAUGGUUUGCAUGGUUAAUGAUAAGCAAACUAAGUUUCAGCGCCGCAGAUAUGAAAUUGACUCGCAAGUUGCUGCACACCAUUGUCUUGUAUUUCAAGUAGAAUGAACUAGUUCUCAGCUACACGGUUUCAUAUACGAAAUGUUCUGUGAAUAUAUUUAUGUUUUUGGUUUUUUUUUUUUUUUUUUGAGACUCCAAUUAAGCCAAAGACAGAAUCAACUCUGGUUUCUACUGUGACUUCAGAAGUUUUUAUCAUGUAGCCAUAUCUGUUCGAUUACAUGAGGCAAACUUGUUUUGUAGUUUCUAAUGAUGAUAUGAUUCACUCCAGUUCUACAGAUCAACUAACUGAAUGUGGUUCAUCA